UUUAUUUUUGUUUUCUUCAUUCUUUGGCAAUACCAAGACGGAAGAUAGAAAGCACAACGAUAAAUAGCAUUAUAUUUUACAAUGUCAAUGAAAAAACUACAGGCCGAGAUCGACCGGGUCUUGAAGAAAGUGAGCGAAGGCGUUGAUACCUUUGAAACCAUUUAUGAAAAGAUUCAGUCAACGGCCAAUCCGAAUCAAAAAGAAAAGUAUGAGCAAGAUUUAAAAAAGGAAAUUAAGAAACUCCAACGUUUGCGUGAUCAAAUAAAGACUUGGCUAUCUUCAAAUGAGAUUAAAGACAAGACGACAUUAUUAGAUAAUCGUAAGCUGAUAGAAACUGAAAUGGAAAGAUUCAAAAAUGUUGAACGUGAAAUGAAGACAAAAGCCUUUUCAAAAGAGGGAUUGCUGCAAAGAGAAAGAAUGGACCCCAAAGAAAAGGAGAAAGCAAACGCGUGUGAUUGGAUUUCAAAUACAGUCGAUGAAUUAUCACAACAAAUCGAAAUGGCUGAGGCAGAACUAGAAAAUUUACAAGGAACUACCAGAAAGGGAAAGAAAGAUCAUGCAAAAUUGGAGAGAGCAGGUGAUUUGGAACAUUUUAUCGAGAGGGAUCGAUGGCAUAUCAAUCGAUUGGAACUUAUCUUACGACUGCUGGAAAAUGAUCAACUUUCAACUGAUCAGGUUGUUGCAAUCCAAGAUGAUGUCCAGUAUUAUAUUGACUGCAAUCAGGAACCAGAUUUUGAGGAGGACGAGCUAGUGUAUGACGACCUGAAUCUUGAAGAAGAAGAAGAAAUGUACAAUGUGGGUAUAGAGGAGCACUACACGAAUGAGGAAGAGAAGUCUAAGAAAUCAAAGGAGAAAGAUGCUUUGGAUGAUGUCUCGUCGCUAUCAUCAUCUACAAGGACAAAUAACAAAACAGUAACAUCAGGCAGUCCAGCUAGCUCAAAAUCAACAAUAUCAGGUAGUCCAGUGAAAACACUAACAAGUGUGCCGCCGCUUAAAUCCCCGGAAAGCUCUAGCAAUACAACAGAAACAACACCAAACGCAACACCUAUUUCUGUAUCAGCAACUUUAAAAAGUUAUCAAGCACCAGGGUUGAACAGUCCGACAUCCAUAAAAGAAAAAGUGCAAUCGACGCGAGUUGCUGUGCCAUCAGCCUGGGCAGAACCGAUCAAAAUUGUGGACCAAGCCAAAUCGACACCACCGUUAGAAAACGCUUCGAUGGAAACCAAUAAAGCGCAAAGGGCGAUGUCUUCUUCGGCGCCUGGUGCGCAAGUAAACAACCUAUCUGGAUUUGCUAAAGCCCUUCCAUUGGAUACAUCAUUAUCCCAGCAACAGGGAGCAGAAGCUGAAUCAAGACUACCGACAUCGUUGGCUGAUCUUGCUUCAUCGUUCGAAGCAAUCAAAAAUAAAGCUGUCGGUAAUGAGGAUACCCAUUACACUAAUCGGAUGUUAGAUGCAAGUUUGCAAUUUGUUCCAGACCUGAUAGACUCUGAAAGGCCAAAAGUGUAUCAAGCCCAAACUCCCCAACUAACACCGGCAUACUAUCCUCAACAGCCAUUGGCAAUUUUUGAUAAUCCAAGUCUUUUUGAAAAGUUUGACAUGGAUGCAUUAUUUUUUAUAUUUUACUACCAACAAGGUACAUACCAACAGUAUUUGGCUGCAAAAGAAUUGAAAAAACAAUCUUGGCGAUUUCAUAAGAAAUAUUUGACCUGGUUCCAAAGGCAUGAAGAACCAAAAACCAUCACUGAUGAAUAUGAACAAGGGACCUAUAUAUAUUUUGAUUAUGAAGGUGCUUGGUGUCAAAGAAAAAAGACCGAAUUUAGAUUUGAAUAUCGUUAUCUGGAAGAUGCAUAAUCAUAUAUUUAUUUCAUAUUGUAUUAUUUUUUCUUUUUCAUAAAAAGAAAUCAUUCUAAUAUACAGCUUCUCAGCUUUUAUGAGCCUUUUCCGAUUUAUUUUCCGGUAAAAGAUCAUUUCUCGUGUUUUGACGCUGUCGAUGUUCUUUAUUAAAACGCCACCCAUUAAUAUGUUUAAUAUUGUUCUUUACUAACUAAUCAUUUUACGAGCGUCGAGACGAGAUGCCUG